AUGUCAAAAAAUUCAACUUGGAAUUUUUUGAAAAAGGGACUACCAUUUUUUUCAAUUGUUGUUGGUGGAGCAUACGGUUUACAUUUUUUUCAAAAAGUUCGCUACGACUUUAGAAAAAUUAAGCAAGAAGAAGUUGCAGUUGAUGAAGUUAAAGGAGAACUUAAGAAAGUUGGUAUAAAAGUAAAGGAUAAGGUUACUAUAGAUAAUAUAUUCGAGGAAAUCGUUGAACUCGAUACUGAAAGUUGGGAAAAUAUUCGUGAAGAACAAGAAGAUAAAGAAAAAAAAGAGAUUGAUACAACUGAAAUAGUUACUGAAGAAGAUAAACAACUUUAUUACGACGAAGUUGUUGGUUGUAUAAUAGAAUUUGGAAUUAGUGAUAAUAUUGAAACUGCUUUACUAGCUGCAAAAAGAACAUAUCCUCAAGGUGUUGACGCUGCCAUUGAUUGGAUUAUUGAAAGAUCAAAUCAAUCAGAUUUUGCUUCCUCAUCUUCAUCUAGUGAUUCAGAGGAAAUAGAUUUAAAAAUGGGUGGUUAUACUUCACAACCAAUUUCUGAAGGAUUGUUUAGUGAUAUAAAAUCACUAAGUAAAAGUUUAAGAAAAUACAAAAUGGUUUUGGUAGCAAAUAUGGCAUUAGGAAUGGGAAAAGGGAAAUUAGCUGCUCAAGUUGGUCAUGCAGUUCUUGGUACCUAUAAAAAUGCAAUGAAAACUCCUGAUGGCCAAAAAGCUAUUUCACAUUGGGAAAAAGUAGGUCAAGUUAAAGUUGUUGUAAAAGGACAAGAUACAGAACAUUUAAUGGAUAUAUUUAAAGCUUCUAAAGAUAAAGGGCUCUGGACUUAUAUUGUUCAAGAUGCUGGUUAUACACAAAUACCACCUGGGAGUAGGACCGUUGUUGGGAUAUUUGGACCAGUUGAAGAUAUUGAUGAAAUUACAGGAUCUUUAAAACUUCUUUAA